AUAAGCGGACGGACCCAUGGCUUCUAAUCUACUCUCCUGUACCGAUCAUCUGUAUAUUUUUGUGCUAUCUUGGUAUUAUUUGGAUUGGACCCAAGCUUAUGAAACACAAGGAACCAAUGAACAUAAAAGCAUUGCUUAUUGUGUACAACUUUGCCAUGGUCGGUUUGUCCAUUUACAUGUUCCAUGAGUUCUUCGUUACAUCUUGGCUGGCAAACUACAGUUUUCUGUGUCAACCUGUGGACUACAGCCCCAGCCCACUAGGAAUGAGGAUGGCCAGUGUGUGCUGGUGGUUCUUCUUCUCUAAAGUCAUUGAGCUUAGUGAUACAGUUUUUUUUAUCCUAAGAAAAAAGAACAGCCAGCUCACUUUUCUACAUGUGUAUCAUCACGGAACUAUGAUCUUCAACUGGUGGGCAGGAGUUAAAUUUGUGGCGGGAGGUCAAUCAUUUUUUAUCGGGCUGCUGAACACCUUUGUUCAUAUAGUGAUGUAUUCUUACUAUGGCUUGGCGGCCCUGGGGCCUCACAUGCAGAUAUAUCUGUGGUGGAAGCGCUAUCUCACCUCACUGCAGCUGGUAUCUCCAGGGAUCACUGGCACAAGCGUCGUAAAACAGGAGGGAAAAGGAAACCCUACCAUAAGAAAAGGAAGUAUGAACUGGGUCGCCCUCCUGCCAACACAAAGAUCGGUCCCCGUCGUAUUCACACAGUGCGCGUGCGGGGAGGCAAUAAGAAAUACCGCGCGCUGAGACUGGACAGUGGGAACUUCGCCUGGGGCUCAGAGUGUAA